UAUCAAACGAAGAUCAGACCGAGCAGCUGAUCAAACAGCUGCUCGUCGCGUUCAUCCAGUCCUCCAGAAAGGUUCCAAUUUCAUAGCUUCUUCUGCAAGGCGCGAUAAAACCUUUGCGUCGGCAAAUGUCGGGCCGGAGAGAAUAAGCAGGCAUUCUUCCGGGCAGUUUUCCUUGAAAUGAAUCUAUAACUUUCUCACCACUUGCUUUUCGUCCUUGAUCAGUGGACUUCAUAAGGAGUAUCUAGAAGCUUUGCAAGGUCCACCAAUAGAGUGCACAAAUGUUGCCAGCCCUCAGAGGAGCCUUCAGUCGUCAGGUCUUGCAAAGUAGACAAUUGCACCUUUUGGGGUCAGCGGUGGUACAGCAGUGGCGCUACUCUUCCACUAGACCGCUGAGCUCCUGGUGCACGUCCGAGAGAGCUCCUGACUUUUUAGAUGAUGUGGUACAAAGGAGACAGGUACAAACAGUGGCCGGCAUGACGGACCGGGGCGAACUUCCACCCAUGCCAGCCUGGGGUGCAGCAGGGGUCACAACGCUGAUGCACCAGGCUGUCAAGUUAGACAACGCCGAGAUGGCAGCGGCGACAUUGAAGCAGCUUCGCCAGGACUAUCUCGCCCUGCCCCCUCCUGAGAGGAGAGAGUCGCUUCUGGUGCUUGCAAAGGAGUUUGGCGUGGACAGAGGCAGCGUCAGCAGUUCAUGUGCUCAUUACUUGAAGGUCCAGGCUGACGUGGGCAGUCAUAGUACAGCCGAGAGCCAGGCCACACUCCUUCAUGCGGAGCGCGAGCUGCGGAAAGCGUUGAACCCGCUCGCGGGUCGGCUCUUUGAGGCACUCCACAAUCAGACGGGCGGGCUGCGCUUCCUGUCGGACAUGCGGGCAGACCUGCUCCAGAGCAUCAGGGCCACAAACGACCCGUUCCUGCGCAACUUGGACUCUGUCCUCAAGGAGAAGCUGUCCACGUGGCUCGGCCCCGCAUACCUGGAGCUACGGCGGCUGACCUGGGAUAGCCCCGCGUCGGUCCUAGCGAAAGUCGCGGAGCACGAGCAAGUGCAUCCAAUUCGGAGCGUGCAAGAUCUGCAGCAGCGGCUGGGAGCGGGCUGCCGCCUCUUCGGCUACUUCCACCCGUCCAUGCCCGGCGAGCCCCUCAUCUUCGUCGAGGUCGCUCUGCUCGACAAGCUGGCUGCCACCAUGCAGGAGGUUGCCGCGCCGCAGGCCGACGAGGAGAAAGCGCGCGCGGCCAUCUUCUACUCGAUCGACGCCACCCAGCCGGGCCUGAGCGGGAUUGAUCUGGGCAACUUGUUGCUCAAGGGCGUCGUCCAGAUCCUGCGAGCGGAGCUGCCCAACCUAGAGAUCUUUUCGACGCUGAGCCCGGUCCCCGGCUUUCUCCCCUGGCUGCGCCCCAAGCUCGCGCUGCACGCUUCGCUGACCGGGGACGUCGACAGUUCCUUCGCCGAGGAACUCUUGUACCAAGAUGAAGCGCAGGCAAUCCUACGAGCCGUCUUGCCUGCAAAGCUGGUCGAAGACUCGAGCGAUCGGACGCUUCAUGCGGAAGCGUGCGGCUGCUUGGCGAGCCUUCUCUUUGCCGACGGACCAGAUUGGGUCCGCAACCCAGUUCAUGCAGACGCCCUCCAGGGCCCGCUGAUGCGGCUUUGCGCAAGGUACAUUUACAAGGAAAAGAAACGAGGAAAGGCGUUGGAUGGAGUUACCAAUUUCCACGUGCGAAACGGGGCGACCGUAGAGCGGUUGAAUUGGUUGGCGGACGACUCGCCUUUGCGGAUGGAAAGUAGCGCUGGGAUCAUGGUAAAUUAUCAAUAUCGCUUUGACACCAUAGAAAAAAACAACAAGGCUUACUUAAUGGAAGGGACCAUAGCAGCUUCCGAACAAUUCUUGGCGUUCGUGCAUCGAAAAUCGAGCUUGUGAAUCUUGGGAGCGGGUUAAUCCAAUCAUCAUGAAGUGAGCUACGGGCUUAUACUGAAAGUGCCGCGGACACCCUCUGGGAUGCUGGCGUGAAUCUUUGUGCAAUUAAGCGCCAGGAUCAUGAUUUACGUCUGCAUGCGCCGUUUUUAUGCACUCG